UCGUAUUGUUGCUUAUACUAACUUUGCACCCCAUGGUGUAGAAAAAUGCAUUUGGUGGAAUUUUUCUCUUUGGAAAUGAUAUUCCUAACUGGUUAGCCUAUGUCGCAAGAGAGGAUGAAACUGUCAAAUUCGAAGUGCCGCCAAGUAUUGAUUAUAUAGGAGGGUUGGCUUUGGGCAUCGUUUAUUCUUCGGACAACUCUGACUGUACUGGGAUUCUAACCAUUGGUGUUGUUAAUCGUACCCAGCGAACUAACUUUCGCGUCUGGGCAAUGAAGGCCACCGUAACUGCUUCCCAUGAAUAUUAUCUUUGGUUGGGAAAUCUUUCAAACAAGAAGCUCAAUCUGAAAAGCGGUGACAUGGUUCUUGUAAAAGCAGAAUUUUCUGGACUAGAUAAUACAAUUAUUAAGGUGAACAAAACAGGAGUGGAUAUUGUAAAAUGGGAUUUGUCUGAUGGUCGUACUAAUUGGUACGACUAUGAGACUAUGUCAUAUGAGUCUGAUGAAGACACUAAGGACGAUACGCAGUUGAGCAAUCGCCAAGUUUUCCUCUGCUACAAGACCCCCGAGGCUUGGCCAUGGCGCAUCAAAGGCUCUGAGUCCGAUCCACUCCCUAAGUUCUUUGCAUCCGCUCUCAAAGCUCGCAAGAACGACAUCACCGUUAAGACGUUGUUGACAGUAAUUGAAGGACGCGAAGGAACUGAGUUUUCCGACGGCGAUGUGUUGAUUUUCCCACAAAUGAUCAAAUACAGGGGCUUGAAAGAGUCGGAUGUGGACAGCUUUGUUGAUGAUGUCCUUGUGAAUGAUAGACCAUGGGCUUCGAGAGUGCAAGAGCCGUUGACUGGCCCCCAUGUAUUUGCCCUUAUAUUUGUAUACACACAUAUGAGUCAAGAGGAAUGGAAUCGUGAUAGCGCACGUGUUCGCAUUGAUAAGUUGAAAGAAGAGUUUGAGCUGCGAGGAUUGACGAAUCAGGUAUUUGUUACUGCUUGCUUUCACCUUGAAGGCCACAACUAUGCUGGAAUAUUCACGACCGACCCAGAUGGAAGCAUGACAUACCAUUGGUAUCCAUUCGUCAGUCCUGGUUAUGUGCCGGAAUUGCUUGAUGAGCAUAUUGGGAAGGGAGAGAUUAUAGAACGACGUUGGAGGGGCCAAAUGGGAGCAUCUUCUGAUGAAGCUGAAGAAAUUAAUGACCGGGAGCUUCCAAAUGGAGAAGAAAAUAAGAAAAUCGAGGAUAAGCCACAAGAAAAUGGCAAUCAGAUUCACCAAGAAAAGGGCAAUCAAAUUGAGAAUAAUGAGAACUUUUCAGGCUAUUGCCAGAGUGCUAAUAGUGAUGGAUUUACAUACUGCAAAGAAGUAAGUUUGGAGGAGGACGGUGGAAGUGAGGAUAAAAAGCCGAAAGAAACCACAGAGUCGUGUGCUAGGAAGGAUGGCUUACAGAAGCUAUCAAGUUUGAUAGGGAACUGGGAGCAAAGCGACGUUCUCGCAGCUGCUGCCGUGGUUGGAGCAGUGGCAACAGUGGCUGUGGCCUACAGCUUUUACAGAAGGUCAGGUUGAAACGUACUUAAAUCCAUGUCGGGUUUUGCCACGAGUGUCAACGCCAUAUUUAUUUUCAUUUUUUCUUUGUAGAAAGAUGUUAUAACGUCAAUUAAAUAAUCCUUCGAACCAUGCUCUUAAAUGAAUGAAAUGUAAUAAACUGUUGAAUGAUUUUAUCUUGAUUGGGAUCUCUUAUGAGACUUCUUG